UAUUAAUGGUUUACACGCAUUCACAUACAAGCGAUGCAUAACCCGCACAAUACUGAUGGUCGCCAUCGCAUUCACGGCUUUAUCGAUCCCACAAUUUGGCAAAAUAUUGAGUCUAAUCGGCGGCUCAUCCGUUACUCUAAUGACAUUUGUUUUGCCACCGAUUUUCUAUUUAAGUCUUGUCUCACAACAGGACCAGAAUAAGGAUUGGCCGCAAAGUUGUAAUCGGAGUGAUAGCGGGCGUCGCCUCCACUUAUUCAGCUAUACG